AAGAAGGCGCGAAACAAAUGACCCUUUAAAUUAAUCCUUCAGACCGCUCGACUUUGUUCCUUAUAUAUAUAUUCGCUGUCUCUCUGUCUUUGGCACAUCCUGAACUUAAAAGCAUCGCGAACUGUUUCUUCUCCAUAACUCCGGCUCUUCUUCUGUCUAAAUCACCAUGUCGACAACAACUACCACUACAACCCAGCCUAUCACGGCCGAAUCUAUGCUCCGUCUCUUCCCGGACAUCGAUACCAGCUCAGAGCCUCUCUCCGGCCAUGAUGAGGAGCAAAUCCGUCUUAUGGAUGAGGUCUGCAUCGUCCUCGACGAGAAUGACAAGCCAAUCGGUACCGCCAGCAAAAAGAUUUGCCAUCUCAUGACCAACAUCGAUAAGGGUCUCCUUCACCGCGCCUUUUCCGUCUUCCUCUUCAACGACAAGAACGAGCUCCUCCUCCAGCAGCGCGCAUCCGAAAAGAUCACCUUCCCCGACAUGUGGACCAACACUUGCUGCUCCCACCCUCUCCACAUCCCUACCGAGACUGGCGCUACUCUUGAAGACUCUAUCUCCGGUGUCAAGCGAGCUGCUCAGCGCAAGCUUGAGCACGAGCUGGGUAUCAAGAAGGAGCAGGUUCCCUUCGAGGAUUUCCAUUUCCUCACCCGAAUUCACUACAAGGCCCCCAGCGACGGCAAGUGGGGUGAGCAUGAGAUUGACUACAUCCUCUUCAUCAAGGCCAACGUCGAUCUCGACAUCAACAGGAACGAGGUCAGAGAUACACAAUACGUCACUCCCGAGAAGCUCAAGCAACAAUUCGACGACCCUAGCCUGGUUUUCACACCUUGGUUCAAGCUCAUUUGCAACUCUAUGCUCUUCGAGUGGUGGCAAAACCUCGACUCCGGCUUGAAUAAGUACAUGAACGAGCAGGAUAUUCGACGGAUGUAACGAUAUAUGGAUAACGAGUCAAGAGAGAAAGCACCCAAAACGACAGGAGAAGCAGUAUAAGUGCCAGAUCCAGACUUGGCAUACGGUGCAUUGGGUUUUUGCAGUCAAUCAGCAUAGAUAUCCGCGCUUAAAUCUUGCUGCGUUAAUGUUUACGAGCAACUGAGCCACAUUCAAUUUGAUACUAUUUCACUACCC